AUGGACAACUUUGGUGACAAUUUUGAUGAUGGUGACGUCGAUCCAGCUGCAGAAUUUUUAGCUCGCGAACAGACCCAAUUGGCAGGCUUGGAAGAUGAUCUCGGCACACCCAACGUACCGAUCGGUGUCACCCAAACAUUAUCUAACGGUUCAGGAAGCAGCUUUGAAAUAAUUGAUAGCGCAGAAAACCAGUUAACUAACCCUGAGAUUGAAAAUGGAUUAACAAAUGGUUUUACAGUUACAAAUAGUGAUGAUGACACACCAUCACCAAUAAUUGCUCCUAAAAUUGAGAGGGAAGAACCAGAAAAGAUUAAGAAAUGGCGAGAAGAACAGAAGACUCGAUUAGAAGAAAAAGAUGCUGAUGAAGAAAAAAAAAAAGAAGAAUUACGGCUGGUCGCUAAAAGUGAAUUGGAAGAAUGGUACAAGAUUCACAAGGAACAAAUUGCAAAAACUAAAGAUGUUAAUCGAAAUGCAGAGAAACAAUUUGUUGCUGAAUCUGAUGAAAUUGAGCCAGGCACUGAAUGGGACCGCAUCUCAAAACUCUGCGAUUUUAACCCCAAAUCGAGUCGUGCUAGUAAAGAUGUAACGCGUAUGAGAUCUAUCAUUCUUCAACUUAAACAGACUCCACUGAAAAAACCUGUAUCACCCGCAAAAUAA